CUGACAUUGACAUCCAAUUCCUCCUUUCCAUCGCACAUUUCGCUCCUCUUCCAGUAGCGAACUGGUACUGCUCAAUGAGCACCAGAUCACGGACCUAAUGAGUCCAUCUCCAACACCGUAUCGCCAGCUACGCUCUUAGCGAAGUUUGGUCGCGUAGAAGCUGUCAUCGUCGGGGUUUCGGGUGAAAAUCCCGAACCACAGUCAUGGAACAUCCGCAAAACGAUGCGGUGGGCGGAUUGAGCCAGAAUAAUGCGGUGGUUGAGAAGCCACGCGACGAUGGCUUCAAGCUGAAGUUCUGCACCGUCUGCGCGAGCAACCAGAACAGAUCGAUGGAAGCUCAUCUGCAGCUCUCCAAGGCAAACUAUCCGGUCAUUUCAUUCGGCACAGGCUCCCUUGUCCGCCUGCCCGGCCCGACUAUCACACAGCCCAACGUCUACAAGUUCAACUCGACGUCGUACGAUGCUAUGUACAAGGAGCUCGAAGGCAAGGACCGCAGACUAUACACGGCCAACGGGAUUCUAAACAUGCUUGAGCGGAACCGUAACGUCAAGCGCGGGCCCGAGCGCUGGCAGGACUGGCAGAUCGGGAUCCCGCGGCUGGAGCACGCCAGCGACAGGGGCAGCGAUGGUACUGAGGCCGGGGUUGUGGAUGUUGUCUUUACCUGCGAGGAGAGGUGCUGGGAUGCGGUGGUUGAGGACCUGCACGCGCGGGGGUCACCGUUGAACCGACCGGUUCACGUUAUCAACGUUGACAUUAAGGAUAACCACGAGGAGGCGGCUGUUGGGGGCCAAGGGAUACUGGACCUUGCAAACUCCCUGAACAAGGUUGCGGCCGAGGAGAGAGACAAGAUUGGUGCGGCCGGAUUUGAUGGCGGUAGUGCGGCUGCCAGGUCUGGUUUCGACGACAGAGUCGCCGAUGUGUUGGCAGAGUGGCAGGCAAGGUGGCCGAAUUUGCCUGCCACCUGGACACUGGCUUGGUUCUAAAAUCUGGGCCACAGGAUCUGAAGCUGGCCUGUCCAAAGCAUGAUUUGAUUUUACGAUAGCAAUAUGACCUUCGAAAUGAUACCCGAUUUCCAUUCAUAUACCUGCAGCCAUUGAGGAGAUGAGCC